AUGAGCUCCUACGGCAGCGGUCGCGACCCUCGCGUCCGUCCCAAUCACAUUCGCGACAAGCUCGCAGCCCGCAACGACCCCAUCGACUAUGACGCGCCGUCGACGUCGGGCACAGCGGCCAGCAACGCUUUCGCAUCCAACGUAUCCCCCAGCUCCAGCCACAACUUGGCUUCGACGUCGGCCUCCACUCUUGAUCGAGUCGCUUCCUCAAGCCGCAAUCCGCUCAUAGAUCGGCUCGAGCCAACCACAGCUCGUACAAGCACCUCCACCUCGAUCGAAUCUCCUUCCGACCUCGUCGCUCGACUCUACGCUUCCGAUCCCGAACGUCAGCUCUUUGACCAGAUCGAGAUCAAGAGCUUUGCCAUCUCGGAAGAUCGUCGCAAUCUCGAGGAGGAGCUAAGCAAGCUAAAGUCAGUCGCAGAAUGGCUCAACGACGCUGGCCCCAACGACCCCAGAAAUAUUGCCAGGCUCGCCGAACAGCAGCAAGUCGUCACACGUCUAGAGCAAAAGAUCAAAUCCAACUCCGCCGAUCUCUACCGCAUGCAGCUCCAGUGGCGCGUCGAUGUGGAUGCUCGGAUCAUUCCCGCUUUACUGGCAGCUGCAACUGCACCAUUCGAGGCAAAGCUGCAAGACUUGAAGCACGAGCGUGGCAAGGAUCGCAAGCGUCAGGAAGAGCUCGAUCAUCACGCGCGUACCUUCUUUGGGCAGAGCAGCCGAUUCCAGAGCGACUUGAACAAGAUCAGGAGUGACCUAUCUGCGCUAACCAGAGGCAACAAUCGUCUCCAUCACGAAAUCACCGACACGCGCAAAGAGCUACGCAAGGACGUCGACAAAGACGUCGGUCAAAUCAACGACAAUCGCCAACGUAUCAAGGCCCUCGAGAAGAAAGUGGCUGCAUUACAGGAAAAGCUCGAUCAUCCAAAUGUAGCUCAAUUCUCCUCUUCCGCUAGCGCGCCUGCGCCCACUGUCUCCGCCAACCCUCCCGUAUCCAAGCCCGCUAUGGCCUCACUCGUUGCGCCUCUCCCCACGUCCUCUGCUCUUGAUUCCCGUGUUCUUCCGGCUGAGCCGGCUCAGCCGGCUGCUCCUGCUGCCGUCGCCGCACAGCCAUCGGCUGCAUCCGCCAAUGGAACAGCUCCUACGCAGGACUCUGUUCUUCCUCGGCCGCCGUCGCCGUCAAAGGCUACCGCUUUGAACUCAGAGUCCAAAGCAGUGACACAAGCGCAGUUUCGCAAGUGGGUCGCCAAUCACGAACAAGACCUCGAAUGGCGUCUCGACGAGAUCAAGGAUCUUGCCAUUCAAGAAGCUACCCAAGAGAACCAAGCGUGUAUGGACCAACGCCUUCGAGCGCUAGCACGCAAGUGGAAGAGUAAGGCUUUGCUAAGAGAGCAUGCUACGGAAGCUGCCUCCAGCCCCAAGCCUGGCAAUCCCUCGAACGAAGCGACAGCACCAGCUGACGGUGCAGCACCCAUGGACAUUGAUACAGAGCAACAGCAGAACCAGGCUUCAGAUGCCGCCAUCGCACCAAACGCAAAACAGUCUGCCAACACAACGGUUGCGCCCACAAAUCCCAAUGGAGCCAAUCCACCAGUUGGCCUGCAGUCUAACUCCGCUGCGGGUGAGGCAACCUCGACGUCACAAGCAUCUGCUGCUGCUGCUAGCUCGACCUCGAAGGAAUCGAAACGGAGCUCCGGCACUGUCUUGGCAGCACCGUCUGAUUCAGCUCCCGCAGCAAACCAAGUCGCAUCAUCUUCGUCGACCUUGCAACCACCUGGUCCGCCUCUCCUUCCCCCUGGCCAGAAAGAGAAUGACUCGAAAGCGUCCACCGCGGCCAUCUCGGCUGCCAUCUUGAAGAACAUGCAAAAUUCGCUCAACAAGGUGCAUACGCAGCUCACCACGCUGCAGAAGGACACCGAAGUGCUUCGCCAAUUUGAGCGCGAAUGGCUUAGCAGGCUGCUCGAAUCGCCCGACAAGUUCGAACAAUUGCUCACAGCACUCAAAGCUAAAGGACUUGGCCAUGAGGCUGAUCAUGUGCGUGCUGCUGUUUCACACCUCGGAACUCAAAUUGUCACGAUCGCCGAAAGCGUUGUUAGCCUGCGCACCUUUGAAGAGGAGUCUAGAAAGCAGAUCAAGGCACUCGAGGAAGGCAGGCGACAGAUCAUGGACACGAUCAACAAGAAGAUCGAGUGGAUGCAGAAGCAGUACGAGGCUCUCGAUGACCAGGCUGCUUUGCAAGGUGCGCUGCUGGUCAAGCUGAGCGAGCAUGCCAAUCCGCGCCAACCGCGUCGGAAAGCUAGCCAAUUGACCGGUACCAGUGGUCCGCCAGCUUUGUGUUGA